GGUUUAAUUAAAGAAAGAAAGGAUAUCGCAAACAGGAAGAGGCUUGUACAAGAACAGAAGAAAAAGACAGAGAAGGGGCGGGAUGCAAGAAGGAAACAGAGUGGAAGAUAUCGAUAGGCUGGGACUUGCAGGAAAUCAGGAGGAUUAGAGACUCUCUUUGAGCAAAAAAAAUGAAGCCCAUUAAAAAGCAAGAAAGGCGGUCGCCCCCCUCCACUCGUGCCAAGGGAGUUAAGAAGAGGAUGGUGGAUAGUAGCCCACAGGAAGAGAAGAGAGAAACUGAGGAAAUACCCCAAAUUUCAACUACCUCUCCCAAGAGACAUAUCUCCUCAAAUUCUGACUCAUCACAGGAGGGGCCUCUGAGAAGAAGUGGGUCUCCAGAAAAGGAGGGGAUCCACAGUGAUGGGGUCCUCAAUAUAGCAGUGGAUUUUGGGAAGACGGAUGAACCCCCCGGGAACUCCAAGUCUGCUGGAACACAGAGUGACAGCAACAGUAGCACGACCAGUGCCAGCAAUAGCCCCAACCCUUCGUCUAAUCGUAAGACGGCCACUUUUAAGGCCCGCGUGCCCAAGAAGAAAUACACUUCGGAGCACUGUGCCGGAAACCAUGGCAAUGCCAACACUCCCAGCACACCCCCACAGAGCAGCAGCAGCUCUCACAAUAGUACUGGUGCUAACCAGGUCCCAGCUGCCUCUGCUGCACACACAGACCCACACAGUCAAAGCCAGCAGGCUGUGGACAGCAUCACUGAGUAUGGACACAACAACAUAAUGGGGCCCACAGGAAGAACUGCAGGUGAGUGCGGAGAGAAGGAUGGGACGAGCGUAUCCAGCCCACAGCGUUGCUCUUCAACCGAUACGGCCAGCGAACACUCGGCCGAACUAGAAGUAACAGCUUCAGGAUGUGAUUCUCACUCCAACUCUCAAAAGCCACAAGCACAUAGCACAACACCUUCACAGGAGAGCCUGUCAUCUGGGUUAGCCGGAGUCCUCGCUAAAGGUCUUAAGAAUCAGAGAGUUCUGGCCCGACAGGGUCCCAGAUUAGGGGAAGGCUGGCCUCACGAUCGGGGUCGGGGUAUGUCAGGAGUGUUUCGCACUGGUGUCGUACGGAGAGUUAGUGAGGCGCAUGGGAGUGUGGAGGUGCAGCUAAAUGGAGAAAAGACCAUAUGCAAGUACCCUUUUCGAGUGGCUACUGAUUCUGUUGAUCUCAUUCUAGAUGCGUCACCUCCUGGUGUUGCCCCGGUGGCUAUAGGCACACAAGUUUGCGUCCCCUUUAAAGGUGGUGAUGAGGGCAGCGAGGGAGCCCAACAGUGUUACAGAGAAGGUAUAAUCACUCAAGUAGAUCAACAUCCAGCUGUUUCUUUCCCAUACCGUGUCCAGCUACGGGAGGAACUAUCUGAUGAGAGAAAGGAGAGGAGAGCUGUAGAGGAUGAUGGAAGGGCCAUCAGUGCUCAGGCCGUUUGGGUAUCACGACAAAAUCUUCGCCUCCUGGUUCCUCCUUGGGACUUAGAGCCACCCCAGCCAGCAGAGCCAGGGAUUGAUUGUAGGAGGGUAAGAGAACGAGAAUGGGAGGAAAGAGAGGACAUGGAGGUGUUUCGACUGACAGCGUUUAAAGUUCAGAGUUUGUUGCACCCUGUCACUGUACCUUUCACCUCAUCCCAUUCUUCGUCUUCUGCCAUUAACACUGCCAUCACGUCUGUAUUCAGUGUAGCCCCAAACAGAGACUAUGAUCAUCACAGAGAGAAGGAUCAGGAGAGAGACCUGCAUAUGCACUUAGAGAGAGAAAGGGAACAAGAUCGCGAAAGGGAGAGGCACAAGCAUCAUCCUCUUCAUCCAUCCACCCCAGAGGAGGACAUGGAGGUCAGCCGUCUCAGUCAGCUAAGGGAUGGCGGCAUCACUGCAGCCAUGGGUAGCAAAGCUCUUGGUGUUUCUUCUCAGCAUCGGCACAUUCUUUCUAAACCAAACUACCUCAGCCCCGGGAGAGGGCUUAGCACCCCAAUUGCACCCCAUCUGCCCCUUGCUCCUCACCCAAAUCACCCCCCUAUGCUCCUGGGCCUAGAUUCAGCCACAGGUGCUGCAGUCAUCUCCUCCACACCCCAGCUGCCUCCGUUGCCUCCAAGCUCUUCUCGAGGCUCCCUGGACAAGACCCCCAGCUCCAACUCGCAUGGUGCAUCAGGGGGAGGCUCUGGAUCCUCGUGCUCCUCGUCACGUUCCCGCACACCCCUCACCGCCGCUCAACAAAAGUACAAGAAGGGCGAUGUGGUAUGCACCCCUACAGGCAUACGCAAGAAGUUCAACGGCAAGCAGUGGCGCAGACUGUGUUCACGUGAAGGCUGCUCAAAGGAGUCACAGCGCCGCGGCUACUGCUCACGACAUCUCUCCAUGCGCACCAAGGAGAUGGAAGCCGGAGGCGGGGUGGGCCGAGAAAGAAGUGGCGCCAGUAGCACGGGCACUCUCACACCUGACCUUCGUUUAGGUGGACGCACCAGCAGCGAGUAUGACUGGGACGACAACUCACGAGACAGCAGUGAAGCAAGCAGUCGUGGCGGGGACUCUCGACCACGUCUGGUGAUGACUUCUCUCAUACCGCAAGAACUGCCACGUGAACUAUCCCGCUUUGACUUUGAUGAGUGCGAGGCUGCAAACAUGCUGGUCUCACUUGGCAGCUCUCGCUCAUGCACGCCCUCAUUCUCACCCGUAUCCAAUCAGUCACCAUUUUCCCCUGCACCUUCCCCCUCACCCACACUAUUUGGCUUCCGCCCCGCUAAUUUUAGCCCCAUCACAGCACCUUCACCUCUGACCCCUCGCCGCCCUCGUCACCUCAGUGGCACAAAGAUCCCGGGCACCCCCGGCACAGAACGUGAGCGCCACAUCUCUGGCAUUGUGCCCACUUUUCAGACCAACCUCACGUUUACUGUGCCUAUGAGCCCUAGUAAACGCAAGUUGGAUGCCCCACACCCCCCGCUGCCCAGUGCAUCAGACUAUGCGAAAUCUGAUCCCCAACUCAAUGACCCCAGCCUCAGCCUCAAUGCAGCAGCAUUCAGGGUUCUUUCCCCCCAAAGCCAGCCUACCACCCCCUCUUCUCUGUCUUUCCCUCGACAGAGGAACAUCACAAGUCGACCCUCAUCCUCUGCUGCCUCCACUCCACCCCCAAUGCUGGUUUCUCCCACACCACCCUCACCCCUGCCUCAAGAUCCACGUCGUAUCGUUCCCCUACGCGAUUCACCUGUCAUUGUUCGUAACCCAGAUGUGCCGUUGGCAAAAUUCAGUGAUAGUCCCCUGAGCCGUAGAGGAAGCUCACGCUCUAGGGAGCACAGCCAGCCUCCUCACCAUGCUGUGGGUCUUCAGGCCCCCGUUCCCAUUAACGGUGCUGCCACCAACGGAGCCGUUCUCCUCCGCAAUCCUGCUCCCACCUUAGUCCUGGUGACCUCCUCUCAGUCAUUGACACCUGUGGCUCCUGGACAUCCCACACAUUCAAACUCUUCCACUUUAAAUGUGUCCACCUCUAAUGCAAACACUGGACCUGUCCUGGCAAUAUCUGGCUCAGGAAGUAAAGAGCAAGAGAGGAAAUCAGGUGGCCAUGGAGAUGCCGGUGGUGCUCUUCCACAGCCUGUGGCUUGUCAUCCUUCACCCACAGCCCUGUUGCCCCUCAUCUUGCCAGCCGAGUCCCCUCACCCUGCUCCUCGCAAAGACAUCAUCAUGGGACGACCUGGCACUGUUUGGACCAACGUGGAGCCCCGCUCUGUGCCAGUGUUUGCGUGGCAUUCAUUGGUUCCUUUUCUGGAGACCAGCCAAACAAAAAUGUCCACGCAGCCUGCAGAUGGCCUAACACUUGUAAAUCAGAGCAAAGAACCUCGCUGUGGAGUUGCCCUUGUUACUGAAGGACUUGUUGACCAUCCAGCAGCACCAGAGAGAGGUUCCCCAUCUUGCCCCCCUCCUUCUGCUGAAGACCCACCCGUGGAGAGAGGAGGCGACAGUGAGACCGAGAGUGAUGCUGACGACCUGUUUUUUCCAGUUGUAGCUCAAGACCCUGCUCCAUCCAUCAGCUCAGUGAAAAGGCGUACACAAUCUCUCAGUGCACUCCCGAAAGAUGUUGACAAGAAGAGGGAAAAGGACCACAUCAGACGGCCAAUGAACGCUUUUAUGAUCUUUAGUAAGAGGCACCGGGCACUGGUUCAUCAGCGGCACCCCAACCAGGACAACCGCACUGUCAGUAAAAUACUGGGCGAGUGGUGGUAUGCGUUGGGACCCAAAGAGAAGCAGAAGUAUCAUGAUCUUGCCUUCCAGGUGAAGGAGGCUCAUUUCCGUGCUCACCCUGAUUGGAAAUGGUGUAACAAGGACAGGAGGAAGUCCCUGUCUGAGGGCCGGGGAACUCCAGGGGCCAAAGAAGCUCGCGAGCGCAGCGUGUCUGAAAGCACAGAGGCCCAUUCCACAUCUCAGGGGACAGACCACAAAGGAGCAGGGCCUAGCUGGACUUCCCCUCGAUCUGACGGUCACAGAGGAUCAAUGGGCGGGCAGCUUCAUCGGCCCCGCGCCUUUUCCCAGAGCGCUGUGCACACUCUGGAGAGGAGGGAGGAGGAGACAGAUCUGGAAAGUGCGGGUCUGUUUCAGCCCCGCACCCCUGCUCACCCUCAACAGCCGAGCGAGGAUGUGACCAGUGAUGAAGAGCAUAUGGUGAUCUGUGAAGAGGGGGAUGAUGAUGUCAUAGAAGACUCGUUUGCAGACGGCUCCAUUGACCUGAAGUGUAAAGAGAGAGUGACAGACAGCGAUGAUGAAAACGACCAUGCAGAUGAGGCUGACAGCAAGCGCACCUUCCAACCAGUAGUCCGUUCCUCUUUGGCGCUCUCUCUGGCUGGCACAACUGGCAACAAAGAUAAAGAAGGGCGUGAAGAGAACCUGGAGAAGAAAAAGAGAGGGAUGGGUGGUGCAGAGCUAAAUAAUGGGGGGCCCAAAGGAGGAGGUGGAGGAGGGCAUGUUCCGUUCCAUAUUAACUCAGCCUCCGUCAGUAGUAUAAAAACCACUUUGCUGCAUGAUGCGGGGACGUACUAUUCACACGGCACUGCAAGGAUGGCCCCCACCAUAGUGACCAAUGUUGUUCGACCCAUCACUAGCACCCCUAUCCCCAUCGCCAGCAAGCCAGUUGAUGGGACCCUACCUCCAGACGGGAAGCCCAAGCUACUGAUAGGUGCCGGUGGAGCAGGAGGAGGUGGGUACUUUUCCUCCUCUUCUCCCAAACCUAAUGGGCAAGGAGGCUUAGUUACUGGCCUAGUCUUGGGAGGAGCCUUCCCAAACCAGCCCACUGUUCAGCUCAUCACCCCACCUCAUCCUACUCCAUGCAACGGAGCCCCUAGUAACAGUGCAGGACCCCUUCCCCUACUUCAUCACCAGUUCCUCCCCACUGCCUCUAUUACACCCUCUAGUGGCGGGAAACCUGUAACACAGGUGCAGUACAUCCUUCCAACUCUGCCUGCAACUGCCAAUCCCAACAGUCCCUCCUCCCAGCAGACCUCCAGCGUCCUUGCCCUGCCUAGUGCCACACCCACCCAUGUGACCCUGGCCAAUGGUGUACAUUCGGGGGCGGGACAAGGGAUAAGAUAUGCUUCAGUCCCAGCAGUGGGAGGAGUCAGCCCAGGAGGUGGAGUUCAAGCGCAGUCCCCAGUCUUGCAGAGCAAGAUGCUUGUUCCCAUGGCAACUGUCGGAACAGGAUCUACACCUCCACAGCCAAUUUCCCUGGUGGGCCCACCCCUUCCUGUUCAAAAUGGGGCUCAACCAGGAAGUAAGAUCAUUCAAAUUGCACCAAUGCCUGUGGUCCAAACAAAUGUGCAUCCUGGUGGAUCAGUGCAUACCGGCAGCUCAUUUCCUGUCUCUAUGCCAACCGCGACUGUCAUGGCUCCAGGGCCCACCCCUUCUCAGACGGUGCUCUUGACGCCACCACCUACAAGGAUCACAUAUGUCCAGUCCACUCCUGGAGUUGCGACUCCUUUGCCAUUGGGUUCUACACCUGCAGUCUCUUCCACCCAGCAGACCCCGUCACCUGUGGGUCCAUCUCCAGUGGCGACUCUUGGCUUCACUGCAAUUGCCCCAGCUGGUCAGGCCUUGGUUCAGCCUAUUGUUGCAAGUCAGCCACCCCUCCUGGCUCAGUGCCCACCCCCGAGCGGAUUGUCACAACCUGCACAAGCCUCGACAGCCACCCGUCAACUUGUGACCGCCAUUUACCCCAGCUUAGCCGGAGGAGUUGUGUCAGUGACAGCCGUGCCACAAAGCACACCAAGUUCCACAUCAGUUCCGGCAUCAUCCUCAACGCCUCAAGCGAAGACCUCCUCAGCCGUGGCUGCGCAACCACACACGCAGACAGAUGCGCAGCUGCAGUCUCAGGUAAACAUGCAAAUGGAAAACGAAAGAGGAGCAGAAUCUAGGAAAGAGAUGGAGAAACAGAGAGACCUGGUGGUGUCAAAGGAUGGACAUCAGGCGCCACCUAGUGGUUUGGAGGAAUCGGUGCAACCCAUCUGUACAUCACACAAACAUAAAGGUCAGCAUUGCGAAGGGAAGGAGGACGGAAAGAAAGGGAGCAAAAUGGAGCGAGAGUAUGCGAGAGAUGUGGGAGGGGGCCUGUCUCAAACAGAGAGAGUUGAAACAGCAAGAGCAAUGGACGGGGAGACGGAGACUCAAGCUGAGACCAACAACAAAGACGAGAGUCGAGAAUCAGGGCGCAGGGAAUCUUCUGUUUUGGACCCCCCGCCACCGCCUUUGCAGACUGACACUCCUUCAGCUAAAAAGGCCAAGUUCCGCCCACCUCCACUGAAAAGCACUGCUGAUGCUGGUGACAAGACGCUGUUUGGCUCCACUUUUGAAGAGCGUCUUAAAGAGCUGCCGGAGUUCAAGCCUGAAGAGGUGCUGCCCUCUCCCAAUCUACAGAGUCUAGCAACUUCCCCUAGAGCCAUACUGGGCAGCUACCGCAAGAAGAGGAGGAACUCUACAGAUCUAGACUCGGCCGACGACCCCAGUUCACCAAGGAGGAAGAGUCGUCGCCUGUCCAGCUGCAGCUCAGAGCCCAACACACCCAAGAGUGCUGCCAAGUGUGAAGGGGACAUCUUCACCUUCGAUAGGGCUGUUGGAGAGACGGAGCAUAUUUUGGAGGAGUUGGACCGCGUGCCGCCCUCCUCUCUGCGUCGGAUGCUGGACCAGCGGCGUGCACUCGUCAUGCAACUCUUCCAGGAGCACGGCUUCUUCCCCUCAGCGCAAGCCACAGCUGCCUUCCAAGCUCGCUACUCUGACACGUUUCCCAACAAGCUGUGCCUGCAGCUGAAGAUUCGCGAGGUAAGGCAGAAGAUCAUGCAGACCGCCGGCAGUUCUGAAAUUGUGGGAGGCGUGGCUCUUGCCGGCUCUGACUUCGCCUCUACAUCUGGACCAUCCAAUCCAGCGCCCAGGGAGAAUUCCGAGCCAGAAGAGAGGACCAGGGCCACGGAAGAGCCAAAGAAAGACGCGGGCGAUCCGCAGGAAUCGAGAUGAAGAACGGAAGGAUGAAAGAUGAAUGUAGGGAUGGAUUGU